GUUUUGGUCAAGAACUAACUUGAAUUAGCUCUCUGUAAAAAGCCCCUAAAACGCCCAAUAUUAACAAGAGAUAUUUGGAGAGCUACAUCCUCAAAGUACGUAAUCCCACUCUAUAAACCAUCAGAUGUUCUGAGGAAGUGUCUAGACCAACAUAGAGAGAGAAAAUUGAAAAACCCUAGCAUAAUCCCAAAUCAAUUUCAAAAGAAGAGAGAGAAAGUAGCUCGAAUCAAUCAACAAUGGCGGAUCACUUGGCGUCGAUUUUCGGCACAGAGAAGGACAGAGUGAAUUGUCCUUUCUACUUUAAGAUCGGUGCAUGCAGACAUGGCGAUCGAUGUUCCAGGCUUCACACAAAGCCCGGUAUUAGCCCUACGCUUUUGCUCUCAAACAUGUACCAACGCCCUGAUAUGAUUACUCCUGGCGUCGAUGCUCAGGGUAAUCCUAUCGAUCCUCGCAAAAUUCAAGAACAUUUUGAGGAUUUUUAUGAAGAUCUAUUUGAGGAACUCAACAAAUAUGGAGAAAUCGAGUCUCUGAAUAUUUGCGACAACUUGGCUGACCACAUGGUUGGCAAUGUUUAUGUUCAGUACAGGGAAGAAGAGGAAGCUGCUGAUGCACUCCGCAAUUUAAGUGGGAGAUUUUAUGCUGGUCGUCCUAUCAUUGUAGACUUCUCUCCGGUCACAGAUUUUCGUGAAGCGACAUGCAGGCAAUAUGAAGAGAACUCUUGCAAUCGUGGGGGAUAUUGUAACUUCAUGCAUCUUAAGAGAAUUAACAGGGAGUUGAGGCGUCAAUUGUUCGGGAGGUAUAGCAGGCGACACAGCAGAAGCCGAAGCAGAAGCCCAUAUAGACGUAAAAGUUAUGACUAUGAUGACCGCGAUCAUGGACGUAGUCGUAGCAGCAAAAGAGAUGAUGACAGGGGUAGCUAUUAUGAAAGUAGAAGCAGGAGGCAUAGGAGCACUAGUCCUGAUCACAAACGAGGAAGGAGCAGAAGCCCUUCUGGUAGGAGAGGCAGAGGAAGCCCUGACAGGGAAGGAAGUGAAGAGAGGCGUGCGAAAAUUGAGCAAUGGAAUAGGGAAAAGGAAGAAGCUGCUAAGAUGCAGACCGACACUGGGAACAAUAAAGAUCAUGCACAUAGUAAUGGUCCCUCACAUCAGCAGGGAUAUGGAUAUUGAUCAACUUGGACAUGGUGUGCAGGUUCACACUUAUGUCAUAUGGAAUCCUUUUUCUUUAUAAACAUCUUCCAUGUUGCAUGAUGCAUGCUGUGUCAAAAUGUUUUCUUCUUUGUUUUUCUUUGUAUUUUCCUGUCCUUUCUUCUUUCAAAUUCAUAAAAAUCAUAAUAUUUUUUUUCAUUAAAAUGGAGCCUGCUUGUUGCAUGCUAGUGUUUCCUGUAUAUUCAUUGUUUUUUCCCUGUAACUUUUUUAAAGGCAAAUUAUAACGACUGAAGUCUGAUGUAAAUACAUCCACCUAAUUAAUGGUUUUUGCUUUGUGUUUUAAUCUUUGCAUUCAUGUCUGUUAGCAGUAUCAAUCAAUGAGUCAAUGAUUAACUUGAACCCUUGUCUGCUUUCCUAGGUUGAUUUUAUUUUUUUUAUUUUAAUUUUUUUCAAACUUUAUUUUGAUCUUACAUAUGCUUCUUUCUUUUCAUUUAUGUCCUUCCUGGGGAAAGGUGCAAACUUAGCUUGACUGUUCCUAUAUAAUCAUCUUUUUAAUGCUUAUUUUAUCCUGCGUUACACAUUGGUCAAAUCUUAGGUUGACUUUUUCAUCAUUCUUCUCUGCCAUGUAUUUACAAGACAUUGUUGAAGUAAAAGGACACUGACUGUUUGGUUUGGUUUUUGGAAGAACAAAUCUUGUUUGAGUUUCUUGAUUGUGUGUUUGGUUUGGUUUUUCGAAGAACAAAUCUUGUUUGAGUUUCUUGAUUGUGUGUUUGGUCUGGCUUUUAGAAGAACAAAUCUUGUUUAAGUUGAUACAGUUGGGAAAUUGAGCCCCAGCUAUCGAGUGUAAUGACAACAUAUUCUCUCAUACGGUUUUCUGUUAGGUUUUAUAGUCUGCAAAUUUCUGGGUCAAUAUCUUACAUUUACUCGAGUUUUGCAGGUGCAGCUAUCCCUGCUCAGGAACAGGCAUUUUUAUUUAACCACUGCUUAUGGCGGUAUUUUGUGUACAGGUGACCUAUUUUUGGCAAUAUUGGAGGGUUGCGUUUGCAGGUUAUUGCAGGUUUUCCGAGGGAUUUCGGCCACUGGUUUGAAGCGUUUGAAAGAAUUGCAGAAAUCGUCUCUUUCUUAUGCUAGGGGAUGUCAACUUUGUAAUAUUCUGGAAGUUUAGGAGUGUUGAAUCUGCUGUUGUUUUACUUGAUUCCGUGUAGGAUACUAGUACUCAAUGUUCCUUGUUUACUUGGAGAGUUUAUGGGAUUGAAAGGUACUUUAAAUAGUUUCUGCUGGUUUGAUGCAAUGUUGUUAGAAUUGCAAUCUGGAUCGCAAACAAUGCAAACAAAACCUACUCCGUAUUACUUAUUAUAAAUAUCCAUCAUGUAGGAGAAUUAUUUAACCGGUUACAUUCAUUUUGCA